UGGCGUUCGAGAGAGAAGGCGGCGUCUUUCGCUAUCUGGGCCUUGAUCCCGGCGCCAGCUGGAGCUCGGCCAGUCUCUACUGCCUUGUGUCCUCUACUCCAGGAGGCCCAGUUGAACCAGACGCAGCCUCUGUCGCCUUGUGACUUACAGGUCCGUAAGGAGGACGCCAGGACACCCCGAAGCCGGGAAAUGGGAUUGUUGACAUUCAGGGAUGUGGCCAUAGAAUUCUCUGUGGAGGAAUGGGACUGCCUGGACCCUGCUCAGAGGAAGUUGUAUAGGGAUGUGAUGUUAGAGACCUACAGAAACCUGGUCUUUCUGGGUCUUGCUGUGUCUACACCAAACAUGAUUACCUGUCUGGAGCAAAGCAAAGAGCCCUGGAAUUUGGAGCGACAGGAGACAGCAGCCAAACGUCCAGGUAGGUGGGAGUGA